AUGGCGCUGAGCGUUCCUGCCACUGUCGCAGAAGAUGUCGCCGCUGGCUUCCGGCGCUUUCGUGACCAUGUCCCAGAACAUGCAACGGCUAUCACUAUCAUUAUCGCCGAUCUCUACACGAUAAGCUCGUCUCUUAAAUCGCUAGAGGACCUGUCACGACACCGUCAUUACGGAACCGUCUUCAAUGUCGCACGUUCAGAUGUGGAACUGGUGAGCGCCAGUUUGCAGUAUACUCUCGAUGACAUCGUCGAAUUCUUUGGCAGGCUUGAGGGCCGCAAAGGCUCUAGUCGAGCCGCACAUCAACGGACCUGGGAGAGUAUGACCAGGUUUUUCCUAGACGAAUCAGAGGAGACGUUAACAAACCGAUUAAUCAAAUAUAAAUUCUUCAUGAAGGAAUUGGAGGAAUUGAUUAAGGAAGCAGGCCCCGACCUCUUGCUCAUGUCUCGUCUCCGCGAGGGAUUCAAGGAUCUAUUAGUGCAGCAGGAUAGCCGUCUUGUAAGGCGGUUUGGUACACUGUCCAUGAGUUCGGCAUCCUCCUCUAGCAGCAACAGCACCGCACCUGGAAGUCCACUGAGUGACCGUAGACCUCGCACAAGGAGGUCCUACGAGCGUGCCCGGCCGCCCCAUCUGUCGCCAACCCCGACAUCACCGUCCUCUGGGUCAUUCUUUGACACGCCCGCUCUACUUCCUGGUGUCCCCGGCUCGCCUGUCACUAGCUCGGCCACUAGCCAUUCAUUGGGCUCCAAUGCAUUGAACGAGCACUGGGCGGCACAAGUUUUUUUCCAACCGCGUGGAAACACCCGGGUUCCGAGCAGGGGAGAUAAAUCUGUAUGUUACGGGGAUCCUCGCCCGGACUUGUAUGAUUGGCUUGACGCUGAAGGCUAUGGAAAAGUUAUUGAAUUAUCUUUCGGCAACUUCCGUGUACUUUUCUACGUCCGUGAAGCGGAUCACCGUGCGCGCAUAGUGUGCAGUACAUCUAGGGAGUAUUACUGCCUGCCCUUGAAUUUGCUGGAGAUCGUCCGGCACGGCCCGUCAUGCCUCCAAUUAUGCCGACGGCGUAAGAGCGGUUCUGAGUUGAUAGUGUGGGCGAACCUCAAAUUCACCACAAUUGAAGUCAUGGUCCUUUUCUUCUGCACGUUCUUGGCGCUCCGCUCCCAAGACUCAGGCAAGCCUGUGGCUCAGAUUCGUGACUUUGAGCUCGAUCAGGAAGAAGAGCUUUUCGGAUCGCCAAUAUUGGACGAUGGCUUCAUUCAUGCCUUGCGCGUGUACCGGGAUAAAGUCACCGGAGCAAUACGACUUCAAGCCUCAGAUAGAUCUCCUGUCUGGACUGCCUUUAUAACGCACCAAAUCCUUGAUCCCCGAUGGCUUCAGAGGCCAGGCCCGGAAGUUAUUCUGCUUCGCGAGCUCCGUCAAACUAUAUUUACAUUCCCCCAGUAUACACCCCCAAUGACACCGAGAGGCGGGUUUUUGUUGAAGUUUACAAACCGAGACGAUGCCGACGGAUUUAGAAUUACCAUGGCAGAACUCGCCAGCGAACGCAUCUAA